AAACGAAUGAAACAAGAGAAUCUCGUCUUUGACUUCCUCUCAAGUUUUUCCUUCACCGCGAUCGCACUUCCUCUCGUCUUCAAGGAGCUGGUCGUCGCUGCCUUUCGCUGUAUAUAUACGCACAGCGUAUGUCUCGACGGGCUUCGAUUCUGUUGAGUUUCUCUGUGUUUUCGCUUCUCAAGAAAGACGCGAGAGGCUUUCGGUCUUCCCUUUCUGUCACCUUCUUGUUUUUCCGGUCUUCUCUGAGCUUUCGGGCGUCUCAGUCGUCCCCAUGCGUCCGCCUUUUUCUCGUCUUUUGCAUGCAUGGCUGCGAGCGCGCCACGAUGCAGUUCUUUUUCUCUCUGCGGCCGGCGAGACGCCAGCCGUUCCGUUUUGCAGGGCCAGAACGAAGGGUGCCGGGAGCGCCUCAGAGAGAGACUUCACCGGCGUCUUCUUCGAAUCGCGGCGGAUCUGCGGUGUAUGUGUCAUCAACGGCGGGCGCCAGCGCAGCCGAAGAGAAGGCGGCGCGGCGGCGGCAGAGAGUGCAGAGCGUCUGCGUCUUGAACGCGAGAACAGCAGGUCUGGCGUCUGCUUUUGCUUCAGGCGAGAGCAGGAGGCUCCCGGGAUGGAGACACUCAGGCUCGACUCAGACAGCAGGCACAACACCGGGAGAUAGGGGAAGACAGCGAGAGACGGAGGUCCUCGCAACUCGCAGGAGAAGAGACCAUACAGUCAGAAGCAGACGCGCCGAGAGGCGAAGGGAGGGUGAGGCUUCACCGAGUGCGGAACUGACACAGAAAGAAAACUGUGGGUCCCUCGCCACUCUCAAGUGGACGUCCUUCCAGGGUGAAAGGCCGCAUGUAUCUUCUGUCGGGUCGUUCCUCCACGUCUCUGCACGGUGCGUCUCCCAUCUCGCUCUCCCGGAGUCUCCUCGUUCCUGCGUCCUUCGACGAACUUCUGUUGCGUCGCUGCCUUCGGCUGCUGCAUCGUCUUUGUUGCCUCGCUCGUCUCUCUCUGUCUUCUCAUUUUUGCUCUCUCGGUCGUCGUCGCCUCUGGCCGUUUCCUCCGGCUGCGCCACUGCACGCAACACUGCGGGACUGAGCAAGGCUUUUCGCGCAGCAGUCGUUUCGAGAGACCCAGGACGGUGUUUCUCGUCUUCUUCUGCCGCGGCGGAAGCUGCGCAGUCCGGUGCCCUCCCAGAUGUAUCGGGUUCUUCCUUCCUGCGGGGCUCCUCUGCUUUUCCAUGUUCUACCUCAGCAUCCCCGCCUUUGUCGAAUCCUCUUCCGUCCUCCCACGCCUAUGCCGUUCCUUCCUUCCUCGACUCGUUUUCGUCUUCUUCCUCGUCUUCUUCCUCGCACUCUCCUUCUCAACACGAAGCUGAAGCGUCUCGAGCAUCUGCCGCGCCUGCCUCCUGGCCGUUCCAGGACGCCCUCGACGCCCUCGCGGCUCAAGGUGUACAUACACCUGACGAGCAGGCCCAAGCGCUGGGCUUUGCGUCGGCGCCACACUUGGGUCUCGAAACGCUUCGUCGUCUGUCUCCACUCCAAGAAAAACUUGUGUUCCACUGGCUCCUCACAGGCGAGCCCAGUCCUCCGCGUUCCGAGGCCAAAGACCCUGCUGCGUCCUCCUCGAGUGCGGCAUCGUUUCCUGCUGCUUCUCCGUCUUCAGGCGAGUCCGCCGCUCCAUCCGCUCUGUCUCCCCUCUCUCCGCCCUCGACAGAGGCUUCUUGUGCGUCGCCGCCGACUUCCGCGGGAGCCUCUCCGCCGUCUCUGCCUGCAUGCGUCUUGAGCUGCCUCCACAUCCUCGAGGAGGAGAUGCUUCUCAAAGGUCUAGUUAUUUCGGACUUGCCGCGUCACAUCUUUUUCUCGCAUCUGCGGGAGGCUGCCUUACCGCAAGAGAUCGCCGUUGAAGAGUCCGAGAGGAAGCAGAGAGAGGCCCAGCAGCUCCGCACACACCACGAGAAGACCUCGCGCGACUGGAGAAGCUCCGGGGAUCUCUUUGCCCAGGCGCGGGACCCAGGCGCGGGAAACUCGGGUGUACAUACACCUCAGAUCCAGUCGCGUGCCAGCGGGUCACAAGAGCGAACCAGGCAGGGUGGAGACAUGGCCUGCGGGACGAAGAGAGGCGGCCGAACCGAAGGCGGGCAACUGCCCUCUGAACAAGACGCAGCCUCGCCUCGGAGACAAGAGCUUCUCAACUCUGAGUGGAUCACUGCAAGGAAGAAGGAGAUCUACGGAGACAAUCCGUAUCCCUUCCCGCUUCGUUGGAAACAUCGUUCUGGUCACGGUCCAAGUUCCCUCUCAUCUCCCCCGCAUGGACAUUCUCGCUCUCCUUCCUCUAUCUCCUCUUCUUCUCCCUCUUCUUCUCUCUUGUCUUCUCCCUCUUCUUCUCUCUUGUCUUCUUCCUCUUCUUCUCUCUUGUCUUCUUCCUCGGGGGGUGACUCUGUGGUGUCCUCCGAGGCGUCUCUUCAAGAGCAUCCUUCGUCUUGUUCUUCCGAGGAGCCGCUCUGCAUCUUGGAGAAGAGGCAAAUCAUUGUCGAGCGUUGCGUGUGGGCUCGAAUGUUGGAGGAAAUGGAGCAGCAGAAGUCGUUUCUCGCGGGUGCUGGUGCCGAUCGCUCCGGCGACGCCUCUGAGGCUCUCUUCGUGGAUCGCGGCCUCGCGAAGCGGGUGUGGUACUUUUGGGUCGGCGAGAUGCGAACUCGGAUUGCGGCGCUUCAGCAGGAACAGCAACAAAUGUUGAGUCGUUUCUCUCGGAAGCUCGCACCUGACGAAAACUCUGCUUCUCUAUCUUCGUCGUCUGCUUCCUCUUCCGGCUUCGCGGCUGACGUGGGCAAGAGCGAGAGAGGUGAGUGCGUAACAUCGAAGAAACGGAGAGCCGACAAGGGAGCCGAGGCCGGCGACGCACGCAGUUCGUCUACCUCGACAUGGUCUGCGCCGAAGGCCGACGAGGGGUUGCAGAAGGACCUCGAGGCCGAGAAGACGCUCCUCCCUCUCGACGUCGACGCGACAGUCUUGGCGCUCAUCACCGCGAGGACGGCUGUCCAGUUGAUUCUUGUGCCGACGGCCUCCUCGGCGGUCCUGCCCGGAAAGAAGGGCAGAGGCGACGAGCCGCGGCUUCUCGGCGGCGACGCUCUCGUGGAGGCGCUCGAAGAGGACGUCGAGAGACCCGAAGAACUCAGAGGGCCGCGCGAUCGCGCAGCGACUUCCGCUUCACUCCCGACAUGCUCGGCGGCGACAGAAGAGGACUCUGGUGGAAACCUCCAGACGCUCGAAACCGCAGAACCGCUCGAGACGCUCGAGGCAGCCGCGAAGGAGACGGCAGAGAGGCGGGCGGAGGACUCGGAGACGGAGGAGAACGGGGAAGAUGUGGAGGCGACAGCUGCAGCGUUGAUUCAGAACAGAACUCAGCGGCAGGUGCCGGUCACGCAGAUGGCUCUCGCGAUUGGAAACGCGGUGAACUUGGAGGUCAACGCUCUGCGGUCUGAGAGCUUCUUUCGGGGCGCCGCUGGCGGGAGCUUAUUUUCGGCGUCUUCUUCCUCGCGUCUGGUGCUCCCGCAGCCGCGACUCUUCCGCGAACACGAACUCCUGAAAAAGCGAGCAGAGGGAAAGACCCUCGACCCGCGCGAGUCCCGGGAACUCCAGCGUCUCCUCGCGACUCCCCACAGCCACCACGAGAUAUGGGAUAUCAAGAAGAAGCUGCAAGUUGGCGGCCUGCUGCUCGGCGUCCUUCUGAGACAUGCCUUCGUCGAGGCCGACUACGCCGCAGCGAAACGCGAACUCGCCGAAGAGCUCCAGCAGAAAGAGCGCGAAAAAGAACUCAUUCGACGCGCCAAGGAAAAACGACAACACGGAGAGGCGGAACGCGAAAACGUCAAACGACCCGCGAGGCCUGCGGAGUGUACAGACACCCUCGAAGCGGUGCGGGCCACGGAGUGUACAGACACCCCCGGGGUUUCCGAGGAAGGUGUCGAGGUCGCGACUCAACCUGGAGAGGUCCAGGGAACCCAGCCGAGCGAACAACGGAACAAACCGAAGCGGAAACGCGGGAGGCCAAAGCCUCUGUUCGGGACGGCGUUCGACUCUGAAGACUUCGCGCAUCUCACUGUCUAUCGGUCUAGGCGAUCUUUCACAAAGGUUGAAGUCCCGGCCUUCUUUCAUCGUGUCAUCUACAAUCCGAAGACGCAGAGGUUUCUUGGCGUCAUUCAAAUGCGUCGCGUCUGCUACUCACAGCUCGUCUCGGGUCAAAAACACACUUCUUUCUUCUCUCCUGGAAAGCAGCAGCCGUCUGGACACAGCACCUCGACCUCUUCUCCCUCCUCCUCCUCCCCCCUUUCUUCUGCUCCUGCCUCGUCUUCCUCGCCUUCCUCUUUCGCGCCGCCUUCUUCCUCUCCCUCGCCUUCUGCUUCCGGUGCUCCUCUUGCGCCGAGCAGUUUCCGGACGUUGCCGUCGCCGCCUUCGCAAGUCGCGUCGCCUUCCUUCUGGAUUUUUCUCAAGUAUUUGCCGAUGGUCCUUCCUCCGCUGCCGUGGCAGGACUACUCGCGAGGGGCGUACCUGAUGCUGCGGAAUUCGUUCGUGCGUGCGGUCUCCUACGGCGAAGUCAAGUCGGCCGGUCGCGUGUCUCGAAAAGAAGAAGAAGAGCUCGAAGAGUCGGAAGAGCGCGAAGAGUGCGAAGCGCCGGACGAGAGCGGCGACUCUGCGUUUGCUGCGGACUCGAGUUCAGGCGCUGAGCCCCGCGAGAAAAAGAGGAAGGAAGCAUGCGCAAAGCGAGAGAAGAUCGCGUUCCUCGGAGGCGCGGGUCGAGUGAAGAUGGCCCGAGACUUCCACGCCUACGACACAGCGUUGCCGCGGGCGGUGGUCUCCGCGCUUGGCUCUCAGGCCUGGCGCAUCAACAAGGCUGUGCUCGGCGUGAUGGAGGCUGUGUGGGAGCGCGGCUUGGAGGUCGGCCGGCUGCCCCCGCGAGACAGCGCAGGCCUCGAGGAAGAGAUUUUCCAGCUUCGGCGAGUCGUGAGCAAUCCUCGGAGCUCUGGCACAUCGGCCGCAAGCAUUCGCCUGCGCCACCUCCUUCAGCAGGCAGGGAAACUUCAGUCUGAGCGACCUUCCUUCCUGUUGAAGCUGCAAGUCGCGCGAUGUUUCCAACACCUCGACGCAGUGUACUUUCCCCACAACAUCGACUUCCGCGGCCGCUGCUACCCUCUCCCGCCGCAUCUGAACCACAUGGGCGACGACAUUUGUCGUUCGCUCCUCGUCUUUGCAGAGGCUAAACCGUUAGGGCCGCAAGGCCUCGGCUGGCUGAAAGUCCACAUUGCGAAUUUGUUUGGGGUGAACAAGGUGAGUUUCGCGGAACGGCAAGCGUGGGUCGACGCGCGUCGGGAGCAACUGCUUCAAGUGGCCGAAGAUCCUCUGAAUCCCCGCAGUCUCCACCUGCUGGAACAGGAAGCAGACGAUCCGUGGCAGGCUCUGAGUGCGCUCUUGGAGCUGAAGAAGGUCGUUGCUCACGGCGAGAAGAACAGCGCCCAGUUUCUGUCGGCCCUGCCCAUCCACCAAGAUGGCAGCUGCAACGGACUCCAGCAUUACGCGGCGCUCGGCAGGGACAGACGCGGCGGCGAAGCGGUGAAUCUGAUUGGCGGCGAGAAGCCUCGCGAUGUGUACUCGUUCGUCCUCGAAGUCGUGAAGCAACGGGUGCACGCAGACGCCGCCCGCGGCUCCGAAGGCUCAGGAUGCAGCGGCGCUGCCCCUCCUCCUCCUGAGAGUCGCCUCGCGGCGCUCCUCAUUGAGCACAACCUUCUGCAGAGAAAGGUGGUGAAGCAGACCGUGAUGACGAUUUGCUACGGCGUCACAGCGAUCGGCGCCCGCGACCAGGUCACGCGGCAACUGGAAGACCUGAUAGGGGAGACGGUGGACGAGGCGACGCUCAAGAGUCUCGGCGGCUAUCUGUCCCGCGUGGUUCUCUCUUCGAUCGGCGAGGUUUUCCAGAGCGCGAUGAGGCUGAAGAAGUGGCUUGACGAAGUAUCCAAGACGCUCAAUCGCCUCGGCCUCCCUGUCGCGUGGAUGCUUCCCCUCAUCCACUUCGGCGCCGAACAGCCGUACCGGUCGGGGAAGGCCAUGGAGGUACGCACGGUGUUUCAGACGCACAUCGUGAGAGUUGCGGGCGACGACACACCCACGAGUGCCUCAAAGCAACGUCUCGGCUUUCCGCCGAACUUCAUCCACUCCCUGGACGCCACCCACAUGAUGCUCACAGCUCGCAGGUGUCUUCUGCGCGACCCGCCGCCUCUCGUGCCGCCUGCGUUCUCGCAGUCAGUUGGAGGUGUCGAGACCGCCUGGGCAACCCCGUGGAAACCGAUGGCUUUCGCAGCCGUCCACGACUCGUACUGGACGCACGCAGGAGACGUCGACAGAAUGCGGACCAUUCUCCGCCAGGAAUUCGUACGGCUGUACUCCCAGCCAAUUCUGGAAGAGUUCUACGAAGGACUGCGCGCGCGACUUGGACGCUUCGCUGAAGACCUCCCGCCGCCACCAACCAAGGGAUCGCUGGACAUCACGGAAGUUCUACACAGCGACUACUUCUUCCACUAGGAGAGAGACUGCUGGCCAACAGAACGAAAAAGAGAAAUCUGGUGCGGGGUUCGGUCUCUACAGGGUAGCGGGAGAGCGUUUCGUCCCGAGGUCAGGUUUUUGCCUCCUGCUGAAGAACUGCGGUGACUUCACAAGAAAUGAACGCGAGAGUGGGAACUAGUGAAGGGCGGAUGCCUCAGGAGGUGAAGACUCGCCGAGUGUCAGGAAGCGGUGGCGGAGAAAAAACACAAAAGUGUGAAACGAAGCUUCUUUCGCUCUUUGGGCGAGACCGAAACUCGCAAAACAUGGCGUGUGUACACGCAACGAAGGUGAAACGGAAAGCGUCGCAGUGACAGCUGGUGCCAAGGUGUGUCUCCAGUUUUGAGUUGAGGGGCACUGGUGAAUAUGGGAAGAAUGGGAGAAGUGACUAGAGAAGUGUCAAAGGGGUGUUGCCCGUGUAAGUCUGCGUAAGGCGCCACCAACCUCGAGCGAAAAUGGCAGUCGUGUUCGUGUGAGCAACUCAGAAAAAAAGAGCUCCUUGAACGAUGCGAGGACAUCAAGCAAGAACUGUCGCAGAGCACACGGUUUGCCCGCAUACGUUUAGCCACAGUAGACUCGAAUGGAAAGAAAAUGACAUGCCGCGAAAGAAGGUGAAAGACAUAUGGAGAUGGAGGUUCUCCAUUUGGCGAGCUUUGGACGAGUUUUCUGUCCUGCACUUAAAGAGGUCACCGAGCGCCUAAGCUCCUUCCGGGCUGUGACCCUGGCGUGGCACCCAGCCCACUC